AUGGAUGAUAUCAGAAUGAACGGUAGACCGGCGACAGUGACUGCAGUGCCUUCGUCUGUCUCAAAUUCCUCGCCUGUCACCCACAAUCCCACACAGCAGCAGCCGCAACCGCAGCCGCAGCAGCAACAACCGCAACAACCACAACCGCAGCAACCACAGCAACCACAGGAUCUCAAUACCAGAUUCUCUCCACAACGCUCUAUAUCUCCGCCUGCUCAGCAUAGACGUGGCUACCAGGCCUGUGAUCCGUGUGUCGAUAACCCGCGCCCACCACCAUGUGUGCGAUGCCGCCGUGAGAGCAAGAGAUGCGAAUUCUCUGCCACGAGGCGCAAGCGCAAAAUCUCAGAGGAAUCGGACGACAAGGGAUCCAGCGUCUUGCGCCGGGACAAGCGCAUGAUGGUUGCUGAUGGAUCCGUCUCUCCCAGCAUGGAUAGUGAUAGCAUCUCAAGCCCCAUUCCUAACGGGGUGACUUCGCAUCCACGAGGCAGUCUGCCUCCCUUUGAAAAUGAUCCUCGACCAAACGGCUCAGCUGCGCAACGUAAAUGGUCAAAUGCCACCGCCCCGCCUCACCGAAUAUGUAUUCCACCCACUGGUAUCUCCGUUCCGGCUCCGACUUCGAUCCCACUAGAUCAGUACCAUGCUCACCGCGCGAGCUUCUCUAGUGCUGUACGACCAACAUUGCCUCCCCAUGUUCUCGAGAGUGGCCAGCAUAUGAUGAACAAGACUGCCGCUGAGUUGCUCUCUCCCGCUAUCAGCAAUACUCACGAUGCCCUACAUCUUCUCUCUGAGGCUGCUGGUAGGACAGAAGAUCUAAAUCGCCAGCAGAUGGAAUACCAGUACAAUGGACGCCAUUCCUCAACCUCAACAUUCGCAUCUGUUUCUCCAGGCCAGCAGAACGGGACACCAGGCAGAGGUAGCAGGUCUAACUCGACAACGCAUCAAGGUGCCGGGAUGAGCUGGUACAACCAAAACAGGGGCGGCUCUCCUAGUGUUGAGGUUCUUGUUGAAGGCACUGAUGCUGGUUUGAGCCCUCCCAAGGCAUCCCAUGACCUAGACUACAGCAAAGCUCGCAGAGCUUGGUCAAGAUUGCGGUUCAUUCGUGCUGGUUGGUUUAGCGUUGACGAAGCAAUGUCUUAUAUCGAGUACUCGCCAUCAACACAUCUCACCCUUCUGACAGAAGAACCAGUGUUGACUGUCACAAUGCUCACCAUUGCUUCUCGACACAUGAAGCUUUCUGGAAAUGGAGCCAACUCCCGAGCCUAUUCUAUCCAUGAAAAGCUGUGGUCGUACCUUAGAGGUAUGAUUGAGCGGCUCUUUUGGGGACAAGAGAAGUUUGGCGACUGCGGCGGCGCUUCAGCACCCAGGCAAUUCGAUGCAUCUAACCCACUAUCUGCUGGACACGGCCAACGGGGUGGCGGCCAAUUAAGGUCUAUCGGAACCGUUGAAGCUUUGCUGCUCCUCACUGACUGGCAUCCACGCGCCCUUCACUUUCCACCUGGUGACGAUGAAAAUACCCUUCUUGACGUUGACCCACAACAACUCAACUAUUUUGAUGGAGAGGGGGACGACCAUUUCCAUGAUCACCCUGGUAAGGGCCAAGGAAGCCCAGGUGAAGGCCGUCUCGCUUUCUAUAAAUGGCUUGAGCCUGUCUGGCGUUCUGAUCGGAUGUCGUGGAUGCUUCUAAGCACGGCUCAGGCCCUUGCCUUCGAGCUCGGUAUCUUUGACCAAAAAAACGACCUUCGAGCUUCAACUGAAACCUCGUGUGAAAUAGCCAGAAAACGCCGUUUGCGACGGCUGAUUCUUGUCUAUGUUUCUCAAAGCAGUGGUCGAUUAGGCAUUCCUUCCAUGCUUCCCUUGCCACAAUGGAACCAGAAUACUGAGCCUCCUCGUGUUGAAGAUAUGCACUCGCCUAACUUCCAUGAGGAUUACAUGAUCGAUAUGAUGCAAGAUUGCUGGAUGGAUAUUUCCAAGAUCAUGUAUAACAGUAAUCAGGUUCUCUUCCUGUCCAAGGAGCUCACUACAAAUUUAAUCAAGAGCGGCCAAUACCGUGACCGGAUUGAUGAAUUUACCCCCUCUCUGAGAGACUUUAAAGCAAAACUUGACAAACUUUCAGCUUUACAGGCCGUCGUUGAACGAUGGACUACCAUGAAUGAGGCCGGUUCAAGUGCAAACCAGAACCAUGCCAACGGAACCGCCAAUGGAACAAGCUCUGGCGCUGGAACUGUUCCGCUCCAGGUUUUACUGGAGCAAUAUGAAGUUAAUGAACCAUAUAUCCAAGAAGUUGUUGAUGCUUCUCGACGGAUCUUGCAAAUCGUACUGGAAGGAUUUGUCCCAGGGGAUAUUCUAAAACAUGCACCUGUCAGGACAUACUUUAGAAUUCUUUCUGGAAUGAUCUUCAUUCUCAAGACCUUCACCCUGGGUGCAAAAGAGGAUGAUGUGAGAGUAUCCCUUGAGCUACAGGAUCGGACUAUUGAAUGCCUUCGUACCUGUGUAGUGGACGAUGUCCACCUCAGUGUUACAAUCGCCGACCUGCUUCAGUUACUCACUUCAAAUAUCCGAAAUCGGUUUCUUCGCUUUGCUCCCUUUGAUCGUGUAGGCGAGUCAGGCAGCAGGCACCAGUCACCCGCGCCCACUUCAGAGCAGGACUCUCGAGAUCAACAGCACCAUCAUUCCGGUGAGCACAGUGACUACCGUUGGCAACAAAACCACAACAACGGGACUCCGAGUACGUCUGGCUUCUCGUUCGACAACCACCACCCAACCUCCGCGCCUCCGACAACUCAUCACGACCCUCUGGCCAACAUCCCUGUCCAACCGAUCAACUCCUCCAGCAUUAAUGUCUCUUUCAUGCCCCCUCCCCCUUCUGUGUACUACAAUUACUACGACCCUAGCUCGACUUCGCCCAAGAUGGAAAUGGAUGAAUCCUCUUCCACUGUUGCGCCUCCAGCUAUCAACACCAGCGCCCCAAGCAACAACAAUACCACACAGGCAAAUUCAAACAGCAUGUCAGACUGGUUUGCCCUUCCACUUGAUCAAUUCUUCAACAGCUCCACUGCAGGAGUUGACCAGGGCCUUGGAGGCACCGGCCCAAUGGUCGGUGAAUUCGACAUGCUGGAAGUCCUUCUCAAAGAACAAUAUACAGGUGACAACAAUACAAAUGGCACCAGCACCAAUGGACCGGCCCCAGUAGCUGCUGUUGCUACGAACGGCUCUGGAAUGUCAUCUCAUUUUAUAUAA